AUGGUUGCACCAACAAUUCUCCCGCUUUCCAUCACCCCGCUCCAUUGUCCCGCUUUCCACUACCCCGCCCAAUUCUCCCUCUUUCCAUCACCCCUCCCCAUUCUCCCUCUUUCCAUCACCCGGCCCCAUUCUCCCGCUUUCCAUCACCCCGCCCCAUUCUCCCUCUUUCCAUCACCCCGCCCCAUUCUCCCGCUUUCUAUCACCCCGCCCCAUUUUCCCGCUUUCCAUCACCCCUUUCCAUUCUCCUGCUUUCCAUCACCCCGCCCCAUUCUCCCGCUUUCCAUCAUCCCGCCCCAUUCUCCCUCUUUCCAUCACCCCGCCCCAUUCUCCCGCUUUCCAUCACCCCGCCCCAUUCUUCCGCUUUCCAUCAUCCCGCCCCAUUCUCCCGCUUUCCAUCACCCCGCCCCAUUCUCCCGCUUUGCAUCACCCCGCCCCAUUCUCCCGCUUUCCAUCACCCCACCCCAUUCUUCCGCUUUCCAUCACCCCUCCCCAUUCUCCCUCUUUCCAUCACCCCGCCCCAUUCUCCUGCUUUCCAUCACCCCGCCCAAUUCUCCCGCUUUCCAUCACCCCGCCCCAUUCUCCCUCUUUCCAUCACCCCGCCCCAUUCUCCCGCUUUCCAUCUCCCCACCCCAUUCUCCUGCUUUCCAUCACCCCGUCCCAUUCUCCCGCCUCUUUCCAUCACCCCGCCCCAUUCUCCCGCUUUCCAUCACCGCGCCCCAUUCUCCCGCUUUCCAUCACCCCGCCCCCAUUCUCCCGCUUCCCAUCACCCUGCCCCGUUCUCCCACUUUCCAUCACCCCGCCCCAUUCUCCCGCUUUCCAUCACCGCGCCCCAUUCUCCUGCUUUCCAUCACCCCGCCCCAUUCUCCCUCUUUCCAUCACCCCGCCCCAUUCUCCCUCUUUCCAUCACCCUGCCCCAUUCUCCCGCUUUCCAUCACCCCGCCCCAUUCUCCCGCUUUCCAUCACCCCGCCCCAUUCUCCCGCUUUCCAUCACCCCGCCCCAUUCUCCCGGUUUCCAUCACCCCGCCCCAUUCUCCCGGUUUCCAUCACCCUGCCCCAUUCUCUCGCUUUCCAUCACUCUGCCCCAUUCUACCUCUUUCUAUCACCCCACCCCAUUUUCCCUCUUUCCAUGACCCCGCCCCAUUCUCCCGAUUUCCAUCACCCCACCCCAUUCUCUCACCUCUUUCCAUCACCCCGCCCCAUUCUCCCGCUUUCCAUCACUCCGCCCCAUUCUCCCGCUUUCCAUCACCCCGCCCCAUUCUCCCGCUUUCCAUCACCCCGCCCCAUUCUCCAACUUUCCAUCACCCCGCCCCAUUCUCCCGCUUUCCAUCAACCCGACCCAUUCUCCCGCUUUCCAUCACCCCGCCCCAUUCUCCCUCUUUCGAUCACCCGCCCCAUUCUCCCGCUUUCCUUCACCCCGCCCCAUUCUUUUGCCUCUUUCCAUCACCCCGCCCCAUUCUCCCGCUUUCCAUCACCCCGCCCCAUUCUCCCGCUUUCCAUCACCCCGCCCCAUUCUCCAGCUUUCCAUCACCCCGCCCCAUUCUCCCUCUUUCCAUCACCCUUCCCCAUUCUCCCUCUAUCCAUCACCCCACCCAAUUCUGCCGCUUUCCAUCACCCCGUCCCAUUCUCCCGCUUUCCAUCACCUUGCCCCAUUCUUUUGCGUUCCAUCUCCCCACCCCAUCCUCCCCUCUUUCCAUCAUCCCGCCCCAUUCUCCCGAUUUCUAUCACCCCGCCCCAUUCUCCCUCUUUCCAUCACCCCGCCCCAUUCUCCCACUUUCCAUCACCCCGCCCCAUUCUCCCUCUUUCAAUCAUCCCGCCCCAUUCUCUCGCUUUCCAUCACCCCGCCCCGUUCUCCCGCUUUCCAUCACCCCGCCACCUUUUCCCGCUUUCCAUCACCCCGCCCCAUUCUCCUGCUUUCCAUCACCCCGCCCCAUUCUCCCUCAUUCCAUCACCCCGCCCCAUUCUCUCGCUUUCCAUCACCCCGCCCCAUUCUCCCGCUUUUCAUCACCCCGCCCCAUUCUCCCGCUUUCCAUCACCCCGUCCCAUUCUCCCUCUUUCCAUCACCCCGCUCCAUUCUCCCGCUUUCCAUCACCCCGCCCUAUUCUCCCUCUUUCCAUCACCCCUCCCUAUUCUCCCUCUUUCCAUCACCCCGCCCUAUUCUCCCGCUUUCCAUCACCCCGCCCCAUUCUCCCGCUUUCCAUCACCCCGCCCCAUUCUCCCGCUUUCCAUCACCCCGCCCCAUUCUCCCACUUUGCAUCACUUCGCCCAAUUCUCCCGCUUUCCAUCACCCCGCCCCAUUCUCCCGCUUUCCAUCACCCCUCCCCAUUCUCCCUCUUUCCAUCACCCCGCCCCAUUCUCCUGCUUCCCAUCACCCCGCCCCAUUCUCCCGCUUUCAAUCACCCCGCCCCAUUCUCCCUCUUUCCAUCACCCCGCCCCAUUCUCCCGCUUUCCAUCUCCCCACCCCAUUCUCCUGCUUUCCAUCACCCCGUCCCAUUCUCCCGCCUCUUUCCAUCACCCCGCCCCAUUCUCCCGCUUUCCAUCACCGCGCCCCAUUCUCCCGCUUUCCAUCACCCCGCCCCCAUUCUCCCGCUUCCCAUCACCCCGCCCCGUUCUCCCACUUUCCAUCACCCCGCCCCAUUCUCUCGCCUCUUUCCAUCACCCCGCCCCAUUCUCCCGCUUUCCAUCACUCCGCCCCAUUCUCCCGCUUUCCAUCACCCCGCCCCAUUCUCCCGCUUUCCAUCACCCCGCCCCAUUCUCCAACUUUCCAUCACCCCGCCCCAUUCUCCCGCUUUCCAUCAACCCGACCCAUUCUCCCGCUUUCCAUCACCCCGCCCCAUUCUCCCUCUUUCGAUCACCCGCCCCAUUCUCCCGCUUUCCUUCACCCCGCCCCAUUCUUUCGCCUCUUUCCAUCACCCCGCCCCAUUCUCCCGCUUUCCAUCACCCCGCCCCAUUCUCCCGCUUUCCAUCACCCCGCCCCAUUCUCCCUCCUUCCAUCACCCCGCCCCAUUCUCCCGCUUUCCAUCACCCCGCCCCAUUCUCCCUCCUUCCAUCACCCUGCCCAAUUCUCCAUCCUCCCAUCACCCUGCCCCAUUCUCCCGCUUUCCAUCACCCGCCCCAUUCUCCCUCUUUCUAUCACCCCGCCCAAUUCUCCCGCUUUCCAUCACCCCGCCCCAUUCCCCUGCUUUCCAUCACCCCGCCCCAUUCUCCCGCUUUCCAUCACCCCGCCCCGUUCUCACGCUUUCGCACACCCCGCCCAAUUCUCCCGCUUUCCAUCACCCCGCCCCAUUCUCCUGCUUUCCAUCACCCCGCCCCAUUCUCCCUCUUUCCAUCACCCCGCCCCAUUCUCCCUCCUUCCAUCACCCCGCCCAAUUCUCCGCUUCCCAUAACCCCAGCCCCAUCUCCCCCUUUCCAUCACCCCGCCACAUUCUCCCACUUUCCAUCACCCUGCCCCAUUCUCCCUCCUUCCAUCACCCCGCCCCAUUCUCCCUCCUUCCAUCACCCCGCCCCAUUCUCCCGCUUUCCAUCUCCCCGCCCCAUUCUCCCACUUUGCAUCACUUCGCCCAAUUCUCCCGCUUUCCAUCACCCCGCCCCAUUCUCCCGCUUUCCAUCACCCCUCCCCAUUCUCCCUCUUUCCAUCACCCCGCCCCAUUCUCCUGCUUCCCAUCACCCCGCCCCAUUCUCCCGCUUUCCAUCACCCCGCCCCAUUCUCCCUCUUUCCAUCACCCCGCCCCAUUCUCCCGCUUUCCAUCUCCCCACCCCAUUCUCCUGCUUUCCAUCACCCCGUCCCAUUCUCUCGCCUCUUUCCAUCACCCCGCCCCAUUCUCCCGCUUUCCAUCACCGCGCCCCAUUCUCCCGCUUUCCAUCACCCCGCCCCCAUUCUCCCGCUUCCCAUCACCCCGCCCCGUUCUCCCACUUUCCAUCACCCCGCCCCAUUCUCUCGCCUCUUUCCAUCACCCCGCCCCAUUCUCCCGCUUUCCAUCACUCCGCCCCAUUCUCCCGCUUUCCAUCACCCCGCCCCAUUCUCCCGCUUUCCAUCACCCCGCCCCAUUCUCCAACUUUCCAUCACCCCGCCCCAUUCUCCCGCUUUCCAUCAACCCGACCCAUUCUCCCGCUUUCCAUCACCCCGCCCCAUUCUCCCUCUUUCGAUCACCCGCCCCAUUCUCCCGCUUUCCUUCACCCUGCCCCAUUCUUUCGCCUCUUUCCAUCACCCCGCCCCAUUCUCCCGCUUUCCAUCACCCCGCCCCAUUCUCCCGCUUUCCAUCACCCCGCCCCAUUCUCCCUCCUUCCAUCACCCCGCCCCAUUCUCCCGCUUUCCAUCACCCCGCCCCAUUCUCCCUCCUUCCAUCACCCUGCCCAAUUCUCCAUCCUCCCAUCACCCUGCCCCAUUCUCCCGCUUUCCAUCACCCGCCCCAUUCUCCCUCUUUCUAUCACCCCGCCCAAUUCUCCCGCUUUCCAUCACCCCGCCCCAUUCCCCUGCUUUCCAUCACCCCGCCCCAUUCUCCCGCUUUCCAUCACCCCGCCCCGUUCUCACGCUUUCGCACACCCCGCCCAAUUCUCCCGCUUUCCAUCACCCCGCCCCAUUCUCCUGCUUUCCAUCACCCCGCCCCAUUCUCCCUCUUUCCAUCACCCCGCCCCAUUCUCCCUCCUUCCAUCACCCCGCCCAAUUCUCCGCUUCCCAUAACCCCAGCCCCAUCUCCCCCUUUCCAUCACCCCGCCACAUUCUCCCACUUUCCAUCACCCUGCCCCAUUCUCCCUCCUUCCAUCACCCCGCCCCAUUCUCCCUCCUUCCAUCACCCCGCCCCAUUCUCCCGCUUUCCAUCUCCCCGCCCCAUUCUCCCGCUUUUCAUCACCCCGCCCCAUUCUCCCGCUUUCCAUCACCCCGUCCCAUUCUCCCUCUUUCCAUCACCCCGCUCCAUUCUCCCGCUUUCCAUCACCCCGCCCUAUUCUCCCGCUUUCCAUCACCCGCCCUAUUCUCCCGCUUUCCAUCACCCCGCCCCAUUCUCCCUCCUUCCAUCACCCCCCCCCCAUUCUCCCGCUUUCCAUCACCUCGCCCCAUUCUCCCGCUUUCCAUCACCCCGCCCCGUUUUCCCGCUUUCCAUCACCCUGCCCUAUUCUCCCGCUUUCCAUCACCCCGCCCCAUUCUCCCGCUUUCCAUCACCCCGCCCAAUUCUCCCGCUUUCCAUCACCCCGCCCCAUUCCCCUGCUUUCCAUCACCCCGCCCCAUUCUCCCGCUUUCCAUCACCCCGCCCCGUUCUCACGCUUUCCAUCACCCCGCCCAAUUCUCCCACUUUCCAUCAGCCCGCCCCAUUCUCCUGCUUUCCAUCACCCCGCCCCAUUCUCCCUCUUUCCAUCACCCUGCCCCAUUCUCCCUCCUUCCAUCACCCCGCCCAAUUCUGCGCUUCCCAUAACCCCAGCCCCAUCUCCCGCUUUCCAUCACCCCGCCACAUUCUCCCACUUUCCAUCACCCCGCCCCAUUCUCCCUCCUUCCAUCACCCCGCCCCAUUCUCCCUCCUUCCAUCACCCCGCCCCAUUCUCCCGCUUUCCAUCUCCCCGCCCCAUUCUCCCGCUUUCCAUCACCCUGCCCCAUUCUCCCGCUUUCCAUCACCCCGCCCCAUUCUUCCGCUUCCCAUCAUCCCGCCCCAUUCCCCCGCUUUCCAUCACCCCUCCCCAUUCUCCCACUUUCCAUCACCCCGCCCCAUUCUUCUGCUUUCCAUCACCCCGCCCCAUUCUCGCGCUUUCCAUCACCCCACACCAUUCACCCGCUUUCCAUCACCCGCCCCAUCUCCCGCUCUCCAUCACCCCGCCCCAUUCUCCCGCUCUCCAUCAACCCGCCCCAAUCUCCCGCUUUUCAUCACCCCGCCCCAUUCUCCCGCUUUCCAACACCCCUCUUCGCCCGAGCCGCCCGUGCCGCCCGAGCCGCCCGAGCCGCCCGAGCUGCCCGAGCCGCCAGAGGAGCUGCUCUCCUGCUCCUGUCGGGCUACUGCUGCUCCUGGGCUGUGUACCUGCGCCGCUGACCUACCCGACUCUUCCUGCCCGGUGAGACUGUCAGCUGCUGUCAUGGCCACCCCCAAUGUCCUAGCUUUUGACGCUGAGGGUAGAGCCAUUGACUUUGCAGUCUGGAUUGAGGACCUGCAGCUGUACUUACUGUGUGAUGCGGUCGAUGAGGUCUCUCUCUUUGACUUUCUCUCUGGCGCUGUCCCUGCCCCUCCUCCUGAUGCUGAUUCCGCCGUUCGCUCCAAGUGGGCGACCCGCGAUGCUGCUGCACGUCUUGCUGUGCGUCGCCACCUCCCUUCCUCCGAGCGUGCCCACUUUAGUCAGUGCAAGACCGCUCAGGCCUUGUACGACGCUGUAGUUGCACGCUACUCCUCCCCUUCCUCCGCUACGCUGAGCCGCCUCAUGCUACCUUUCCUCUUCCCUGACCUCGCUGCCUUUCCCACUGUCGCUGACCUCAUUACCCACCUCCGCGCUAGUGACGCUCGCUACCGCGCUGCCCUUCCUGCUGAGUUCCGCGCCGCCAACCCUCCUCCCAUGUACAUCACUCUCUACUUUCUUGUCACCCGUCUCCCUGAGUCCCUCCGUGUCGUUAGGGACCAGUUUCUCUCUGUCUGUCCCACCACCCUCACUGGGUGUUCUCCUUCCCCCCUGCUGCCCUCUGUCGCCUCUGCCGCUGCGGCCGACCUCACUGGUUUUGAGUCGGUCGGUGCGGCGUCUGCCCCCAGUGGUAGACGCCGCUCUGGCAAGGGCAAGGGGGGCAAGGGAGCGGGUGGAGCUAGAGGGGGCAGUGGCGGAGGAGGUGGGGGUGGCGGGGGGAGUGGGGGUGGCGGUGGAGGUGGUGGCGGGAGUGGAGGUACUGGUGGAGGCGGUGGAGGCGGAGGUGGCGGCGGGGGCGGUAGCGGAGGAGGCGGGGGCGAGGGUACCAGUGGGGGCGGUGGCGGUGGAGACGUAGGCGGUGGUGGAGGCGGGAGUGGCGGUGGCGGCGGGGGUCGGAGUGUCUCGUCCCAGCGCAGCAGCUCUGGGGGUGGUCAGCGCCAGCAGCAACAGCAGCAGCAGCAGCAGCCGCAGCAACGCUCUCGCACCGUCCCCGCCCCUCAGCAGCUCCGUGAGUGGUACUUGCAGCGUCAGCGUGGUGGUGCGUUUGGUCCCUGCCCCUACGUGUGUCCCAGCUUUCCAUCAGCCCGCCCCAUUCUCCUGCUUUCCAUCACCCUGCCCCAUUCUCCCUCCUUCCAUCACCCCGCCCAAUUCUGCGCUUCCCAUAACCCCAGCCUCAUCUCCCGCUUUCCAUCACCCCCGCCACAUUCUCCCAAUUUCCAUCACCCCGCCCCAUUCUCCCUCCUUCCAUCACCCCGCCCCAUUCUCCCUCCUUCCAUCACCCCGCCCCAUUCUCCCGCUUUCCAUCUCCCCGCCCCAUUCUCCCGCUUUCCAUCACCCUGCCCCAUUCUCCCGCUUUCCAUCACCCCGCCCCAUUCUUCCGCUUCCCAUCAUCCCGCCCCAUUCCUCCGCUUUCAUCACCCCUCCCCAUUCUCCCACUUUCCAUCACCCCGCCCCAUUCUUCUGCUUUCCAUCACCCCGCCCCGUUCUCGCGCUUUCCAUCACCCCACACCAUUCACCCGUUUUCCAUCACCCGCCCCAUCUCCCGCUUUCCAUCACCCCGCCCCAUUCUCCCGCUCUCCAUCAACCCGCCCCAUUCUCCCGCUUUUCAUCACCCCGCCCCAUUCUCCCGCUUUCCAACACCCCUCCCCAUUCUCCCGCUUUCCAUCACCCCGCCCCAUUCUCCCGCUUUCCAUCACCCCGCCCCAUUGUCCCGCUUUCCAUCACUCCGCCCCAUUCUCUCGCUUUCCAUCACCCCACCCCAUUCUCCCGCUUUCCAUCACCCCGGCCCAUUCUCCCUCCUUCCAUCACCCUGCCUCAUUCUCCCUCCUUCCAUCACCCCGCCCCAUGCUCCCGCUUUCCAUCACCCCGCCCCAUUCUCCCGCUUUCCAUCACCUUGCCCCAUUCUCCCGCUUUCCAUCAUCCCGCCCCAUUUUCCCGCUUUCCAUCACCCCGCCCCGUUCUCCCGCUUUCCAUCACCCUUCCCCAAUCCCCCGCUUUCCAUCACCCCGCCCCAUUCUCCCUCCUUCCAUCACCCCGCCCCAUUCUCCCGCUUUCCAUCACCCCGCCCCAUUCUCCCGCUUUCCAUCACCCCGCCCCAUUUUCCCGCUUUCCAUCACCCCGCCCCAAUCUCCCGCUUUCCAUCACCCUGCCCCAAUCUUCCGCUUUCCAUCACCCCGCCCCAUUCUCCCUCUUCCAUCACCCCGCCCCAUUCUCCCGCUUUCCAUCACCCCGCCCCAUUCUCCCGGUUUCCAUCACCCCGCCCCAUUCUCCCGCUUUCCAUCACCCCGCCCCAUUCUCCCGCUUUCCAUCACCCCGCCCCAUUCUCCCGCUUUCCAUCACCCCGCCCCAUUCUCCAGCUUUCCAUCACCCCGCCCCAUUCUCCCUCCUUCCAUCACCCCGCCCCAUUCUCCCGCUUUCUAUCACCCCGCCCCAUUCUCCCUCCUUCCAUCACCCCGCCCCAUUCUCCCUCCUUCCAUCACCCCGCCCCAUUCUCCCGCUUUCCAUCACCCCGCCCCAUUCUCCCGCUUUCCAUCACCCCGCCACAUUCUCCCGCUUUCCAUCACCCCGCCCCAUUCUCCUUCCUUCCAUCACCCCGCCCCAUUCUCCCUCCUUCCAUCACCCCGCCCCAUCCUCCCGCUUUCCAUCAGCCCGCCCCAUUCUCCCGCUUUCAAUCACCCCGCCCCAUUCUCCCGCUUUCCAUCACCCCGCCCCAUUCUCCCGCUUUCCAUCACCCUUCCCAUUCUCCCGCUUUCCAUCACCUCGCCCCUUCUCCCUCCUUCCACCACCCCGCCCCAUUCUCCCUCCUUCCAUCACCCUGCCCCAUUCUCCCGUUUUCCAUCAGCCCGCCCCAAUUCUCCCGCUUUCCAUCAACCCGCCCCUUUCUCCCGCUUUCCAUCUCCCCGCCCCAUUCUCCCGCUUUCCAUCACCUAG